GAAAAGAAUAUAUAAGCGACUCUGACCCGUUGGUGCAGCGAGUUCGGUUCGGGUCGAGUCAAGGAAGUUUCAUUACCCGACCCGAACUAGUUUCACCCGCGCAUUGGAUUUGAUUCCGACCUGACGCACCCACUGCACCUACGUGCCGGAAUCGAAUCCGACUGACUCCCACCCGACACCGGGUCGGGUCGUGAAAUGAAUCAUAUGACCCACCACUACUUGCCAACGAAUAAAAUUGAAUUAGCAAUGUCCUUAAGAUAACAUUUGUAGUGUUUCUUGCUCGAUAUUGGUAGUUUUGGCGAUUGUUUCAAAGUUUGCUUUUCUAGUCAGUAAAAUGUGUGCAGAGUUUUGCAAACCUAAUUUUCCUCAACUUUAUAUAUAAAAAUUAGUAACAUUAUUUCGCUUUGUAACCGGCAACGUUCUACCCUAUUCAAAAAAAAAAAACGCGCGCGCUUUUUGCCCUCCAAAGCCUUACAACAGUUCCCCUCCAGGGGUUUGACAUUUCAUCAGGCUGUCAAAAGCCCCAACCCAAACAACAACAAAACCCAUCCAAACACAAUUUCCCACACUACUCGCACAAUCCCAAAACCCUACCGGCCCAAAAAAUGGGGAAAAAUAAGCAUGGAAAACGGAAGCAGUACCUCAACAACGUGGACGUUCCCGUAUCGAAAACGACCGCAAACGUGCUGAAAUCAUCUGCUGGUGAAAAUGUGCUACCACCACCGCCGGCUAAAUCAAUCCUAAAACCGUCCGUACCUGUAUCUUCCACCCGACCAUCCACAAAACUGCAAGCUCCGUCGGCUACAACUUCCGCCGGAGCAGGAGCUUCGGCUGCGACUUCCGGUGCUGGUGCUACGAAAUACAAACAACCGGAACUGCACACAACGCUCGGUCUUAGUAAACGGAUCGAGACGGUCCAGAAGAUGGAAGCUCCCUCGAUUAACAGCAUCGGCCAGCUGACCCCGAGCAGUAAAAAGCGCGUAAAUGCUAUGGUCACGAAACAUCUGAACCAUCUGUACGAUCAGGUCGUGUUUAAGAAGCUGGCACCGGUGAACGUGAACGACACGGUGCUGGUGCCGACCACCCGCAGCCGGCUCGGUGACGCCAAGGCCCGGUACGUGUUCAAGGACAAAAAAGACCCGGAACCGGUGCUGAGCGACUAUCUGCGCCCGAUACCGCCGUUUACGUUUCACUUUGUGCCGCACAUUCCGACCGCCCAGCUGGGCCGCGUCGCUGCCGGUGACUCGUGGAACAACUUCCACAACAUCGAGUACGUGAUGCGGAUCAUGGAGGAGCACUGAGCAGGGUGAGGUAGGCAACACAUGAUCGCAAGGGGGGUUUUCUCUUUUUAUGAGCAUUUAUUGAAUUGAUUGGGGGAGGGUUUGUUUCCACGGAAACGAACAUUUGUGGAACCGUAAUUGUUGCAAUACAAACAUGUACGAAUUAUCCGCAUCGUCUUGUUCACCAUUAGGCGACCGACGGAGAGCGCUAAGAUACAUUCAGCGGUGCUACCGUGUGUUGGGUGUUUUUUUUUAUUUUCUAUUUUGAAGUAUUGUUAGCAUGAUUUAGUAUCUCUUACUUGCAUUAAGUUUGAACUAUUCCUCUUCCUUACACCUUCAAUAUAUUCUCGACACACCAUUGCCUCACCAUCAUCACUCUCAUCACAGCUGUUCUAUGUUUCGUACGGUUUUGCCAUCACUGUCUUUUCUCCACCGUCUACAGAUAAAUUAAAAGGCCAUUUUUUUGGCUUAAUAUAAAACACACACAUACCAACAUAGGUACUUGCAAGUACUAGCAGCUGCUGGAAGGCUUAAAUGUAGAAGAGAAAGUUACUUUAAGGAAUCAAAAAUAAGGGAAGAAACAAAAGAAACAAUCAGUAUACACGUACACGUAAUUCGAAUUGUGUUAUCGAAUAAAACAAACAAUGCGCACCUUCCUAUCUUAACCUUGAGUUGUUCACAGUCACAUGCAAUUGCCGUUAGUUUCAUCACUUAGCUUCAUUUUUUCCCGGGGUUGAGGAAGAAUAACGGGAACUGAGCUUCCCUGCUUGCCCAACCCAAAACCCGAUUCUCUUUGUCCGAUUACCGAUUGAUUCCGAUUUUAGCACAUCGUUCGAGUCUUUCUGGUUAUAUUUUAUGUUUUUUUUUAACGUGGGAGACAUACGACAAAGGUUUUCUAUCAUUCUAUCAUCAUUAAUACACAUACGUUUCACUUCCGCAACCCGGUUCGCUCGCUACGUUAACAUUCCGUUACGUUUUUUGGAGUAAAGUAUUUUAAAUUGCAAGUUUAGAUUUCUCAAUGAUCGCUCCGCUUCUCUUGAUCUCACCGUAAAUUGUGUGCUUCGCGAAUUGCUUCGUUUUAGACAUUAUUUCAUUCUCCAACGGGGCCCACACACGUGCACUAAAAAUGAUACAAAAAUGAUAUAAACAAAAAGCUCAAUACACACAGCAGGUACUAGAUAAAGAGAGAGAGCGGGAAACAAAAAUGAUAAAACCAAAAUUACAACACUAACCACACAUUUUAUUGAGAACAUUAAAUCCAGCAGAAAUUAAUUGUAAAGAAAACAAAAAUAAACGUUUAUCUUCUUUGUUGGAAGAAUGAAGAAAAGAAAACUGUAAAACUAUAAAAUUAAUGCAAUUAAAGUAGCAAGUAAUAAAUGAAAGGUAAAAACAACGAGACAGUGUGAGGACCGUCCGUCGGCCCACACACUUCCCUA